GCGUAUUUAUUUCGUGACGUAGAGGCUGUGAGGGUGUUGAGGGUUUCGUUGUGUCAUAAGUAUAAAGAAGUGAAGAAAAUAUGUCUUACGCGUAUUUGUUUAAAUAUAUUAUUAUAGGAGAUACAGGCGUUGGCAAAUCGUGCCUGCUUCUGCAGUUUACUGAUAAACGGUUUCAGCCUGUUCAUGACCUGACUAUUGGGGUUGAAUUUGGUGCACGUAUGAUUACAAUAGAUGGAAAACAAAUCAAGCUUCAGAUAUGGGAUACGGCAGGGCAAGAGGCUUUCCGCUCCAUCACGAGAUCGUACUACCGUGGUGCUGCUGGAGCCCUGCUGGUGUAUGACAUUACCAGAAGAGAAACCUUCAACCAUCUUACCACAUGGCUGGAAGAUGCUAGACAGCAUUCAAACUCGAACAUGGUUAUCAUGCUCAUAGGAAACAAGAGCGAUUUAGAUUCUCGCCGGGAAGUUGUCAAAGAAGAAGGAGAAGCAUUUGCAAGGGAACAUGGGCUGAUAUUCAUGGAGACUUCCGCCAAAACUGCAGCAAAUGUUGAAGAAGCAUUUAUCAACACUGCCAAAGAAAUUUAUGAGAAGAUCCAAGAGGGAGUGUUUGACAUUAAUAAUGAAGCUAAUGGUAUCAAGAUUGGACCCCAGCAUUCUCCAAGUUCACCAAGCCUUCCAGCAGGCGGUCAAGGGGGCAUGCAGGGCGGUGGGUGUUGUUAGGAGUUAGCCUGCCUCGCUGUCUGCUCCUCUUGCUCAGGGCUGUAAGUGCCCUCCUGGCCACAGUCAAAGCAGCAGUACAUUGAGCCUAAUGGCCGAUGCCAGGCGCGUGCGUCUCCACUCUUUUUUUCCCCCCCCUCCACACUCAAUCUAGCAUCAGUCAUGAUGGUUUCCUUGAAACAUGCUACUUAUGGUUCUCAUUGACUGUCUGAUCACUGUAACAAAACUGUAAUCUCAAGAGUUUGAGGCAGAAGGCUAUAUAUACAUAUAUAUAUUCAUAUAUACAUAUAUAAAAACCAGCACUUGUGUAAAUUUGUGAGUAAUCUCUCUUUAUAUUACCCACAUGAAUGAUGUGAUCCUGGAUGUAGACAGGAAUCUGAAUCCGUAACAUUAAUUUGAAACACUGUGUAUAUUAGCAUUGUAAUUAUUUAUGUUGUAGAUUUUUAUUCCACAAAUUGACAUCAGAAAUAUCUACUUUUUGUCUAACUGAACAAAUAAAGUGUGGUAGAGAAUUGCUGUAUUGUCUUAUUGUAUUUGAACUGUGGAAAUAAUAUUUUUUGUUAGUUAAUUUCUUGAAAUAAUUGGAACAUAAUUCCUAGUCAAGGAGAACUGCUAGUCCUUAAAAUUGUGUAAUUUUCAAAUGGUUUUGUAAGUCUGAUAUCUUUGCUGGUGUGAUGCAUAGCUUGGUGACAGCUCUGUUUGACACCCAUGUUUUGUAUACUUUUUAAACAUUUCCCAGAGCAAAACUUAUGGAAUAUCUUACUUUGAAGUUGAUACAUGUAGUUUCAAACAUUUGUGGGUUGUAACUGAUGUGUGUGUGUACUACCUAAGAUGAUCUCAUUGUUUUUCAUUUUUACUACAAGUGAAAGUGUACCUCUUGCUUAUACAAUUGCAUACUUGCUGUAUGUUUAUUAACAAGCUUGUGCACAAUUAUAAUUUUCAAUGCUGUUUAUAGAACAUGUAUUUAUUAGUGCAGUGAAAUUCAUCUGAAUACAGAACAAUAACAGAGUUGCACACCAGCAAGAAUUUGUCUUUUUAAUUAGGCAGUAAUUUUUUAAAACUUUCUUUCAGUCUUCAAUUUCUACUGUUCUGUAUACUGUUGAAGUGAAUAAAGAAAUAUUCACUUAUUUUUUUAAUGAGGAGAACAGUUUCCUCAGAAUUGAUUGUUGUUUUUGAACAAUACAGUUAGUCCAUUCAGAAUAUUUUAUGUGCAUGUUUUUACAAACUUUUAAUAAUUGUAAUUAAUGUUUUCUCAUAAAUGCAGCCUUUUCUAUAUCAAAACAUGUAAACAUUCGUGUUUCAUGUUUAUCAAUAUGUAUGGACUUUUUAUUGUUGCACCAAAUAAAACCCCCACAUGGUGUGCACGAGGAA